CAGUGUACAACAUUCAUUCAUUAAACGCGAAUCGUGGAUUUGGAAAGAUGUCCGCCGUUUCUGUUAUUUGACGUAAAUAUUAGCAAAAUUCUUGUGUUCUUCGCGUUCAGGUGGUGAAUUUUGGUGCUAUUACAGUUUUAUGAUGUGUGUGAUCUUGCAGUGAUUUGUUCAUAUGCGGCUGUUAUACAAAACUGGUCCAAUGGAGUCUCUCAGAAAAUGGUUCUACAAACCAAAGAGGGACGACCGAUCGCUUCUAGCUCAAUUCUUCUUCGCGGACGACGCCCUCAACAUGGUCGCCGCAGAGUUGGACUCCUUCGACGGCCGGAAGGACCCCGAGCGGUGCUCCACGCUCGUCAACCAGCUCCGCCAUGCACAGGACCGAGUGCUAAACAUCACAAGUCAGAUAAUGGACCAGCUGCUAGGAGACGAGCGGGUGGCGCGCGGUUUUCGGGUCAAAUUUCCCGAGGACGUGCUCCAGGAUAAUCUGGCUGGACAGCUGUGGUUUGGAGCUGAGUGCCUAGCAGCCGGCUCCUCCAUAAUGAACCGCGAGGAGGAAUCGGCGGCCAUGCGUCCCCUGGCCAAGGCUCUCACGCGCAGCCUCGAGACCGUGCGCUCUCUGCUCCGAGAGCAGUGUCUGAGACCGCGCGAGUUGGCGCUCUCGCAGCAUGACGAUAUGCUGCACGAGAGCUUGAGGAUAUUUGACAGACUGUUCGCGGAGUUUGAGCUGUGCUACGUCAGCGCCAUGGUGAACGUGAAGACGCCGCACGAGUUCGAAGCCCAGCAGCUGAUCUGCGUGCUGUUCUCUGAGAGCUUGCGGCGCGCGCUCAAGCAGAACUUGCUGACGCAGGAGCAGGUGGACUCCUACGAUCCAGCGUUGAUGUUCGCGGUGCCUCGCCUCGCCAUAGUAAGCGGCCUCCUCAUUUACUCCAGUGGGCCGUUGAGCAUAGACAAACCGCCAGAGGAGAUGUCGGACAUGUUCCGGCCGUUCCGCACGCUGCUGCACAAGAUCCGCUCGCUGCUGUGGACGCUGGAGCGGCGCGAGCUGUGCGCGCUGGAGCGGCUGCUGUGCACCAACGAGGGCGUGGCCGGCCUGGCCAGCCUCGACCUGCCACCAGCUGCAGAGACGACAAACGAUGAAUCAUGUCCUUACCCGGACAUAGGCGAGUUCGUCUCCAGAUUCUAUGCGGACCACGCACACUGUCGAGAUUUGUAUACACAGAGUUCCAGCGAACCGACAAUAACGGACGGGGACUACCUUCCCGACAACAUCGAGGUCAUGACCCCCCUCAUAGACGGCCUGCAGCGCCUCGCCGACGACCCGCAGCCCGGCAGCGAGCCGGAGCCCGACUCCGACGCGGAGCUCCGGCAGCGCCGCUCCGCAGGCACCGCCAGCACUGACACAUUCCACGAAGAGAGAUCUAGAAAGCAAAGCAGAGCGGACUCUAAUGACCUAGCAUCACUAAGGAAUCUAUCCACAAACGGCCUUAUGAUGUUCGAUCCCUUAGUCAUCAACGCGGCGUCGACGUCUACAGAGAGACAAAUGCCUGACCACGAUCUAGUGACGUCACUGAACGAACAAGUCACAGAAAUAGCAGAUCGUCUCUCGUCGAUUGUCGCGAGCGAUGUUGAAAUCGAACAUCAAAAGCAUUCGUUCUCAACCAACGAUAUGCCACUCAUAACUGAAGAUUCAGAGUUCUUGGGGCCGAGGAACGAACAAUUGAGUUGUAUGCCUUCGACGAGCCACGGAUAUCUAAUACCGAACGCGAUAAACCACGACCCGGCGGUCAUGUCCUUAUCACACAAUAAUUCGGCCGUUUUCAAUUCCGAGGAAUUAGAUAUAAACGGUGCGAUGAUGAAUAAUGAUCUCCCAUUAAUUAUACCGGAUAGCAUCGACAGUGAAAUUGUAAAUACUAAUAUAUCUAUAGCCAAUGCGAAUUUGAGUUCUCUUCUGUUGACCAACGAGGAAUACAGGCAGAACUUUCCAGAUGAAACUAAUGAUGACAAUGACAAUACUAGUUUUCAAUCAGCGAAGAUGAAUAUGGAUAGAGAUGAAGAAAGGGUCAAGUUUAUGUUAGGGUAUGAAAGUGAUCACGAAUCGCCAGUAGAUUCCGGUGUUAGCACAGAAAAUACUAGUUUAGAUAGAUCGCCUGAUACUGAUCAAAGCAAGGAUAUAAAAGGGAAUCAUUUCAUGAAACAAAACAGGGUACUAGAUAGUCCUGAUGAGAAAAACACCAAAAACACAUUGGAAAGUUCAUUUUCUGAUGUGAAUAAUGACACUGUUAAUAUUAAUUACGUCGAAGAAGAUGCUAUAAAGAAUGAAGCUGGCUCGUCGAGUAUAGAUGUAUUAAAUAGGUUAAGUUCAGACGAGGAGGGGUUGAAUGAGGCGACGAAUGAUAAAACACAAGACUGGGGCGCGAAUGUGCCCGAAGAGGAAUAUAUGACGAUAGACGAAGUUAUUACAGAGUUAAGAAGGCAUAGAGAGUCGGAUAAGAAAAUUAGUUCGCUAGUUGAAGACAAUAAUAUUAGUUGUAGUGGCGCGAACACUUCGCAGAGUUCAUCGCGGCAUAAGAAGAGAAAGAGUGGGAAGAGUAAGAGAAAGAAAAGUAAAAUGUGGUCGCCAGCGAUCGUGUUGUUGGAUAGCAGAGCGGCGCAGAAUAAUAAUCCUUUGAGGUUGAAUUUGGACCAUUUUGUGGACGAGAGCGGAACAUCUUGCGGCGCUUCGGAAUGUGCGGACGAUGAGCAAAUAGCGUUAGCGCUGCAAGCGCAGGAGUUGGCGGCGAGACAACAAGCCAGGGAAAAGUUUACGUCAAGUGAAGACCUAAUCCACCGUUUGUUCGUCUGCAUCGCUGGCGUCGCUGACCAACUGCAAACAAACUUCGCUGCUGAUCUCCGGAACAUCCUCAAGUCGGUGUUCCUCAUGAACCAGACUCCGGACACACCGGAGCCAACCCCGGACAAGCAGGACACCAUCGAGUACGAGGCCACGGAGGACCAAGUCAUCCAGAAUGGCAGCUCAUUUGACAGCGUAUACUCGGCCGAGGAAGUGUACGCGGACAGCACAUCAGACUCGACCCCUUCAGAAUCGAACUCGCGUCUGGUCCGUCGGAACACGGUCAACGCGACCACUCUCGCCGCCGAAGAAGCACCGAGAAGGAAAUCUGUCGAUAACACCAGCCAUUUGCAAGCUUCGGUGUCUACAGGAGAUUUGACUUAUACCCCCGCCCCCGCGCCCGCGGCGCCGGAGCGGCCGGAGCGGCUGCCGGAGUGGGUGCCGGACAUCGCGGCGGCCGCCUGCAUGCGCUGCCGGGCGCACUUCACCGCCUUCCGCAGGAGGCACCACUGUCGCAACUGCGGCAAAGUAUUCUGCGCCUCGUGCAGUUCAAACUCUAUUCCGCUACCACGAUUUGGCCAAUUGAAGCCGGUGAGAGUCUGCGAAGAGUGCUUCACCACCAACCGGAACCAGACCCAUCGGUGAAAUACCCCACCUGUGGGUCUUACAUGGGUACCUUCUGAUUAAUAGAUGAAACCGUUAUUUUGUUAUAUCAUAUAGUAUAAAAAUAUUAAUUGAAUGUUUGAAAAAUCCUCUAUACGAUUUGGUCCUGACCUGCCCCUAUAGCCAAGUGUCAAACGCUCGGAAGCGUUCCAGUAGCCGCUGACGCCUUAGAUUAUUAUAGCGCUAGUUACCGCAGUUAGAAUAAAAAUUAUACCAUCUUUUUUUUAAGACAUGUUUUUAUGGUAUUACUCCAUCUAGUGAUAAAUCUAUUUUUGGCUAUCGCUUUGACGACAGCACUUUCGUUUGUCGAUUGACAUUUUGGCUAGAGGGGUUGACCAUACAAAAUGAUACACCACGUAAUUAUACUAUAAAUGUGUGUUUGUAAUUUUACUUUUAUAUGAAUAAAUAAUGACAAUCCUGGCAACUCCGUACAGAGUUUACAAGAUUAUGACACUAGAUGGCAACACAGUGACGUCGAGUCUCAAAGCCUGUUGUAAUUAUGGACAUCUGUUGCGAAUCUGAAAAUCAAACAUUGGCGAUAAUACAACAGAAAGUAUCGGUUUAUUUUAUGUUUCAUUUUGUUAUUGGAUAUAUAUUUUUAGGACAUAUUUCUUUUCAACUUUCGUGAAUAACCGCGUUCGAUCGGCCGUUAUAGGUUAAUUUCCUGAUAUUUUGAUAGCAGUUAGAUGACUGACUUCAUUCUCUUGCCAUCUAGUGUAUGUAUUUUUUAAAAACCCCAAUUUUAAUAUGUUUACUAAUAAAUGAAAUGUGCAUCACUGUCGAUACGUCACAUCCAAAUAAAUUUCAAAUAUAAUUAUAAAAAAUUAGUAAGCGUCACUCUAUGUCCCUACAAUACUUUAAGUUUUAUAAUUUUUUUGUCCACACUAUUAAAGAUCUCAGAUAUAUAAAAUUUGACGAUAAGUAAUGUUAUAUAAAUUUAUAUUGUCUUCCUAACAAGUGCAAAUCUUUUAACGUUAAAACUAAUAAAUUUCUACUAUAUUUGAACUCUUGUUAAUUUUGACACCAUUCAGAUUAUCAGAAACUAUAUACUAUUUAAUCUUUUGUGAUUUAAGAUUUACAAUAGUAUACCAUCAAGUCCAUAUGCCUAUAGGUUAAUAUUACAGCGGAGGCUUGGUUUUAAAAAAUCGGCCAACCAGGUUAAAUUUUACCAAAAGUGGGUUGCUUUUAUUGGUUGAUUCUCACAAAUCCGUAUGAAUUCAUCCUGAAUCACUUGUACGGCGUUCCAAAAUCUAUGUCUUUAAGUUAUGGCCACAUAAAAAGACAUAAUACGUUGAUAAUAUUUUAACGUUUAUCAUAAAGAACAUAACCGUAGUUUUGACGUCCAUUUAUUGUCCAAAUCAUUAAAAAUUCCAUGUUGACUGAGAGUAUAAUAUUUUAUUUUCUAUUUUUAGGGUAGCUCUCUAAAUGUUAAUUGUGCUACUAUAUACUAUGUUUAUGUGUGUUAAUAUCACUUACGAUCGCCGUGUGAUUUAUAAUAAGUAUGGGAAGUAAUUAACUUUGAAAAAUACUGACAUAGCAAGUUCCAAACGGGAAUAUGACCUUGAAUUUUUUCAUACCUCCAUAUAAUCAUGGUAAUUGGAAAGAGACGAAGGGAAACGAAAAUCUGCUGAUGUCAAAGAGAUUUAUAGAAAAUAAAGUCUUGCGAGUUAUUUUUUCAUCCUGACAUUUUUUUAUUUAUGUUGGUUUUGCAGUUUGGUUAUAAUUACCUUUUAUGAUAACAAAAUUAUAAGUAUUGUUUGUUGAUCUACUCUGUAAGAAUAAUUUUUUUUUUCGUUUGACAUCCAAAUGUUUUUCUUUUCUAAAUGUUACUAUCUAUUUUCUGUAAAUGCAAACAACGGCAAGGCGGUCGUGAGCUGUUUCGCCCCAAAUUAAAUCAGUAGGUUAAGUAGGAAUGUUCAAAUAAAUGAAUAUAUUUUAAGAAUACCUGUAAAUGAUGUUUAUAUUUUUAACAAAUACAUAUUACCUUCAAUGUUAAAAUACCAUACCAUUUUUAAUUAAUAAUUAUUGAUUAAGGAUAAAACUUUAAAAGAUUCCAUAAUUUUUAUAUCCUAUGGUGUUAGUUUAGGUAUUUUUAUGAUAAGCCUUAUGAAAAUGUAUGUAAAUUUUGUAAAGAUAUGUUAAGUAUAGACCAUACAAUGAUAGCUACUGUUUCAUAGUUUCUUUUUGUAUAUUAUAACAAUAAUGUAAACUUUCCCAUGCACAUCUGACCUAUGUUUUCAAUAUUGUAUUCCAUUAAUAUUGUUGAAUAUUUUAAUCUUGUAAGUAAACGUCAGAUAUAA